AUGCAUUCUAGUCGCCUCACCCUUCCUGUCCUCGCUUUCAUCGGGCAGGUCGUUUCAGCCGCCUCAGUGACCUCAGCUGACGAUACGCCCAGACAGUGUUUUUAUUACACCGGUGCAAACACCAACUCCGCGACUUGUAAUGAGGUUCCGGAUUUGAUUUGCACCGGAGGGUGCCGCCGAGGUAGUUACGUCACUGCUGAAGGAUGUCGGUCAAACGAUGGCUCGCCUGAAUCGGCCGCAGCUUCGCUCACUCCCCAAAACUGCACCGUUGGCUUUGGUCGGGACACGGCUGCUGCUAAAGCAUGCCUCACCGAAACUAAGGGAUACUCUUGCAACGGCAAAACUAGUGGUUUUGCUUUAUGUUAUGGUUGUGUAAAAACUCGCACAACUUAUCACGUACCUUCACCCCCUGAAGACUACCCGCCAUCGUGGCUCAAUCAAAGUCUUACAAACCCGAUACCAGGAUCGGGGAGAUGGUAA